AUGGCUUCAAGAGAUGUUGUCGAUAGCAAACGUUUUGUAUUUCAGUCGUCUGAUAAAAAAGUUGUAACUUACAUAAGUCCUAGAAAUAAAAUUAGUACUUAUGUUACACCUAAAACAAAACAAUCACAUACGUCACCGGUAAGAAAGAAACCGUUGUCACAGCCACCACCAUCACCACCUGUAGUAAAUAAAUAUCCACAGCCAUCACCAUCUGUAGUAAACAAAUUUCCACCACCAUCACCACCUGUAGUAAACAAACUUCCACCACCAACAUUAGAAAGACAUACUAAUGUUGUUACACCACGAACAGAAUUAACUUCACCUCGACGUAUUAUUGUUGUACGUAGUAAGAAACAUCCACAAGUCAAUGGAGAUGUAGGUGGUUCAGAAGGUGUUACAGAUCAGGAUUUAGUAAAUAUUCCUUUAAAAAAUACGAAUGGAAAUAAAGCAAUCUAUUUCAUUCGAAGAUCUAUUGUACCAACUGGUCAUCAAACAUCAACUCAUCAAUUUAAUAAUGAAUAA